AUGGAGACUCCCAAAGGUGCCCCAGAGGCCGCAGGAGUCCCCGAUUCCACGGGGGAUGGGAUGGGGGUCGGUAGUGGCCACCUACCCCAAACGCAGGAAAAUCAGGCCAUAGAGCCACCGUUAUUGUUUCCAAAGCCGAGCAGUGGUUGGGGAGGCUCAGUAGCAACAGAUCCACAGCUAGCUGAGGCGCUCCAGGGCUCGCUACAGGAGCAAUUGGCACCUGGCAAUGCCGGCGCAGGCCUAGAGAGAAGCCUAAUCUCAUGGCUUACAGGGGCUAUGCGGGCAUCUAGCAAUGAGCCUAUCGAGGCUGCUGGCUCAAAACAGACAGGGAGCAACCCCUAUAAACAAGACCAGGCUAACGCCCCCUUCGCUAUACGGGUGUACUGUUCGGAGCUCAUUAGGCGCUUCGAAGAACGCUCCGGGGAGCAAGAAAAGAGGAUUAGGGCAUUAGAGAGCCAAGUCCAGUCCCUUAUUACAGCAAAUGGAUCCCUAGAGGCUACCGUUAGAGCCCGAGGCUCACGAUAUCUUAGUAUCCAGCGUCCCCGACGUUAUGGUAGGCGAGUCACCGCCAAGGCCCGAAGCCGGGAAAGGGCUAGCGCCUGUCCCAGAGAGGCUAGCUCCCGCAGCUAA